AUGGCAGGCCAGACUCCAAAACACGCCACCGAAGCUCUGGCUCAGCUUCAGCUUGAUGAAGAAACAGGCGAAAUGGUGUCUAAACGGGAACUGAAGAAACGACAACAAAAACGGGCAAGGAAGGCCGCAACUGCCACCACGCGAGCUGAGAAAGAAAAUACUACACUGAAACAAAAACUUCCACCGGAAGAGAAGACGGAUGACACACAAAUCGAUCCCGAUGCCAUGUUCAAGCGGGGCUUUCUCGCAGAUGUGUACAACGAAUUCCCAGCCAAGCACGUUGUCACACGUUUUCCGCCCGAACCAAACGGAUUUCUGCAUCUCGGCCAUGCGAAAGCCAUCGCACUUGACUUUGGCUUCGCCCGAUAUCACGGCGGUAAAACGCUUUACGACUAUGCAGAACAACUAAUAGAGUUUGGAAAGGCGUACGUUUGCCACUGCAACGACUCUGAGAUAAAGCGGCAACGGGGUGGACAUGAAGGCAAAGAAGGACCGAGGUACAGAUGUGACCACUCCGAACAAGAUGCGUCGACAAACUUGGCCAAGUUCCGCAUGAUGCGCGACGGCAAAUAUGAGCCCCAAUCCGCCUUUCUACGCAUGAAGCAAGACAUUUCAAAUCCAAAUCCACAGAUGUGGGAUCUCGCAGCAUACCGCAUCCCAAAGGACCAAACUCCGCACCAUAGAACUGGGAAUGAAUGGAACAUCUACCCAACCUAUGACUUUGCACACUGUUUAUGUGACAGCUUGGAAGGGGUGACUCACAGCCUCUGCACAUCGGAAUUUGUAUUGUCACGGGAGAGCUAUGAAUGGCUUAACAAGAGCCUCAAAGUUUAUGAACCCAUGCAAAGGGAAUUUGGCCGACUCAAUUUAAACGGUACCAUCAUGAGCAAGCGGGGGUUGUCGGCGCUUGUCGAAGACAAAAUCGUCCGAGGCUGGGAUGAUCCUCGUCUCUACACUCUGGUCGCCCUGCGCCGACGUGGUAUUCCACCUGGUGCGAUUCUAUCCUUCAUCAAUGAACUUGGAGUCACAACUUCGAGAAGUUUCAUCGAAGUGAACCGUUUCGAGCAAUCCGUUCGAAAGUAUCUGGAAACAACGGUGCCUCGUCUGAUGCUUGUCCUGGAUCCCGUGGCUAUGGUGAUCGAGGACCUAAUUGAUCCUGGAAUCUCUGAACGCCACAUUCCAUCUCCCACGACGGGGAUGAAUGGCUACACCCAGCGUCUGACACAAUCAAUCUAUAUAGAGCGGUCCGAUUUCCGAGAGGCUGACAGUAAGGGCUACUUCCGUCUAGCACCUGGGAAGACAGUCGGGCUCAUCCAAUCGCCAUAUCCAGUGAAGGUCGUAGGCUUUUCCAAGAGCCCGACCACAGGCAUGGUCACAGAGAUCCGAGCUGUACUCGACAAGGACUGCAAAAAACCCAAGGCGUAUAUCCACUGGGUGCCGGAAGGAUCCAGAGUUGUAGAAGUGCGUGUGCACUCUCCCCUCUUCAAGUCGGAUAAUCCGAUACAAGCCGAAGGCGGGUUUAGGAACGAUAUACGUCCUGAUAGCGAGACGAUUUGUCAUGAUGCUUUGAUUUCGAGCGGGUUCGAGGAGGUGCGCAAGACCGCUCCCUGGCCCAAGGUUGCUGACAACAAUGAGGGAAAUGCUCCGGAAAGCGUCAGGUUUCAGGCUAUGCGCAGUGGUUAUUUUGUAGGUAUCAUGCAUUUCAUUCAGUUCGUUUCUAACAGUGCUUGCUAUGCUCAGACCGUCGACCCUGAUACCACUGAUGAUCAUGUGGUUCUUAACCGCAUUGUUUCGCUUAAAGAAGACAGCGGCAAGAAUUGA